AUGUCGGAUUUAGACAGUGAAUAUCCGAGAGCGGAAAGUGGAAGACCGUUUCUACCAGAAGAAGAAAAAGAAUUUGUAAAACUCUUCAAUAAACAAAAAUUCAGACCUAGAACAGCUAUUUUAACAGUGUGGUUUGACUAUCCCAAAAACAUGUUCUUCCAACCGAUACCAGCUAAAGAUAAAAUCACUUUCACGAAUAAAGAAGGUAAAAAGGAAACUGGUAACAAAAUCAGGUUCAGAAAUGGUUUCUGUCACGACGUUUUAACAUCGGUCGAUAUUCAAGAAAUAGUGAAAGCCGGUGGACGAAUUAUUAGAAUAUUAGAUGGUAUAGUUUACGAAGAAAAUUUUAAAACUCCACCCUAUAGAGAUUAUAUUUUAAUUUUGAGAGAUCUAAGAAAUAAAUAUAAACGAGAAGGUAAUAUCGUGGGUAGUAAUUGCAUGAAAUUAUUAGGUAAUUCCUUGUAUGGUAAAUCAAUUCAGAAAGAUAUAUUCACAACUAGACAUUUAUGGAAUGAAGCAACUUUACAGGCCAACUUUGAUUCACGCGUUAAAACCUAUGACAAAAUUAAUGAUAUUCAAUAUAUUGUUGAAACAGAAAUUGAAGAUAAAGAGAUUACUAUCGAAGAUAGUAAAUCUACACGACUAACACCUAGUCAUUUGGGUUCAUUCGUUUUAUCUCACAGUAAAAAAAUAAUGAACAAUUUCAUUCACGUCAUAAAUGGAUUUUAUAAACCCGAAAUAUACUAUACCGACACCGAUAGUUUGUACAUUUCAUCCAAAAAUUGGAAAAAACUAAACAGAGCUGUUUUGGUCUCCGAAAAAGACUAUUGCAAAGGUAAAAACGAUUACGGUGACGGUGGAAUUAUAUUUGGUUUAUAUUUAGCACCAGAAGUCAAAUACAACAUCGUUUUGACUUCUGAUGGUGUCUUAAAAGAAAAGAAAACGUUUAAAGGUUAUUCUAAUGAUAAGAUAAGUGUAGAAGAUUACGUUCAGUUAGCAAGCGGACAUGAUGUGUCGAACGAAUUUAAUAAACCAUGGGAAAAAAGUUUCACCAAUGGAGUAGUUAUUCCAAAUGAUAAACAAACUAAAUUUUUAGAAGUUAUUUGA